UUGAAUGGGUAUCGCUUCUCGGCCUUUUGGCUAAGAUCAAAGUGUAGUAUCUGUUCUUAUCAGCUUAAUAUCUGAUACGAAAGUCAUUGACUUUCCAGUAUAUUAAACUGAUUUUUGGAACUGGGAUGGGGUCGUGAAGCUUGCUUCCGCCCGUCCACGGGUCGGCCUGGCAUUGCAGUACAGUCAGGAUCGGCCCACCUGAAAAUAAUCCAAAGAAAAACUCCAAAUCUUCUAAAUCGUCACUUGUGUUGGAAUUUCACAAAAAAAUUGUUCAUGUCCAUUCUACACGCAAAGACAAAGUCGAAAAUCUCAUCUUACAUGGAGGAAAUUUGGUAGCAUGAACACAUUGAAUUUCAAUCUUGAAUUAGCCUGGCCAAUUGUAUUUGUAUGUAUGCAUAAUUCUUCAUAACGUUAUUUCUGCUCAUUUCUGGUGAUUUUUAGAAGUGAGCAAAUAUGAUAACAUGAACACAUUGAAUUUCAAAUUAGCCUGGCCAAUGGUUGUAGGCAGAAUUCUUCAUACCUUUAUUUCUGCUCAUAACUCGAUGUUAAAUUACGUAAGUACUGUUAAGAAAUCUAGAGAUUGUUUUAAAUUUCAAUAAUGAGUUGAAAAUUUCAUCACAAAAAUGUAAGCACUUGCAAAAAUAGUGUAAAAUUACCAGAGCUGAAGACACCCGAUUGGAGUACACAAUUUGGCCAAAAUUUUUAAAAGUGUGGUGACGCUGUUGGGUAUCUUGUCAAACUUUUUUAGUUGACAAGAAAUGUGAACGACAUUUUAUAGGAUAUUUAGAAGAAUUAUAAACAUGACCGUAGUUUAUUAAUUGCUCGAAGAUAUUGCUCGAAUCAUUGAAAAUAUUUAUUUAAAAAAAUUGUAUAUGUACCUUAAUUUUAUAGUAAAACGUGAAACCGCGUUCAUCAUCCACUCGAAAUACGUCCACAUAAAGUUCCAACUCUUGUCCGAACGUGGCAAGUACACCUCCCUCUUAAAAAAUAUGGAGAGUGGACUCCGUAUCUUGAAGAACGAAUUGGCCGGGUUGGAAACCAUGUUGGACGACGCGAUUUAUUUUCGAAACGAAACGUAUAAAAACCUCGUUCUGACGGAAAAAGAAGCCUCAGAGAACCGGAAACGUCGCCGAAUCCAAAUGGCCAAGAUGAAAAAAGCUGUCGAAAAGAUUUUGGAAGAAAAUCAACGCGCACCUGCAAAGCAACACCAGGCGAAAAUCCGGACCGAUGUGUCGUCGACGGUGCUAAACCCGGGGCAAAUGGGCGGUGAAGUGUCGGACAUCUUGCGCUACAAGAGAGCAGAGGUCGAGGAGUAUCAGGGAAGGGCGCGGCGUCUGGUGGAAAUUAUGAGAGUACCUGAUUUGACACAUAUUCCGCUGAGACUCCGAACCGUUGCCACAAUUGGUGUCAGACUUCGCGAAGAAUUGAACGGAAAACAGCGGCUUCGUGACCUAUUUUUAAAGCAGAAAGCGCAGCUUCAACUCAUCCUCUAUUACUUCCGCUACACGGGAGUGGCCCAAUUGGAAACCUUCAAUGGGAACAAGACCGAGUAUGAAAAUUCGAUCGAGGAGGCGCAGAAGAAACAUGUGCUCAUGAUGCAUAGAAUGGACCGCAUAGGAGAUGUCCAAGUACGGCUAAGGUUGGGAAUGUUGUCUAUCUUGGAUCAGUUGACUGAAGGGAAGAAGAAAACGGCGCACAGAACUCAUGAGGACAUGCGACAAAAUAUGAAGCUGAUUUCGAACAAGUUGCAAAAGAUAGUGGAUGGAAAUGCCGAGUUGGAGGCAUUGUUUGAUGGAACUUAUCCCGAAAAGAAUUACACGGCCUAUGUCAAACAACCUUCUCACCAAAACCGCCUCAUCCGGGUCGGGACGCCACAUGUGUCCGAAGAGUCGGACGAGGAUGAUGACCUCGUUGACUCCAAGGUUCCGGGCCGGCAGGAAAUCAAGUCGAAAAGUGCAAGGAUUGUGAAUCAGGCCAAUUUGAAGAGAGGCAUCCGUUAAGAAAUUAAAGACAAAUUGUAUGCGAUUUCAAUAAAUCAGAUAAUACUGGAUAUAACACUGCA